UCAGCAGAUCCGGACUCUCAUACAUAACAGGAGGUCAUGGUGAUGUAUCAGUGAAAUCGUUUUGGUAGCGUUGGCAAGGAUUGUACAACUCAGGAAGUGAUAUUAUCAGGUCAGCGGAGGCUGACACGUUGAGGUAGUGAGACCUGUCGAGCAGGACACAAAACACCGGCUGGAAACAAUUGCUAGCUUGAAGGUAGCUAACUCGUGACGACCGCGGUGUUCAACGUAUGUAACGUGUGCCUCCUGGGAAACCCAGGUAGCGGUAGGUGAAUCAAAAUGGCCCAGGGGAUACCAGACGAGAUAAUGAUGAAUACUGCGCUGAUAAAAGACUUGGCGGACGUGGCAAAAGAUGCAGCACUUCUGCAGGGGGCCUUAAUGAGGAUUCAGGAGACCCCCAACUCAUCAGAGUUGGUGACCUACGCUCCAUUCACACUCUUCCCCACACCUGUGCCCAAGGCAGUGUUCCACCAGGCUCUGGCAGUGCAAACUCACUACAACACACUGGUGGACAAGAUCAGCCAGGAUCCAGACUUUCUGCAAGAGGCUCUCUCUAGCACCAUUGCAGUGGAUGAUUUCACUGCAAGGUUGUUCAGGAUCCACCAACAAAUCCUAAAAGAAGGAAGGUCUCAGUCUAUUGUUUUGGGUCUCAAUCGGUCCGACUACAUGCUGGACCAGGGAGAGGACGGGUCGUCGUCUCUGAAGCAGAUAGAAAUCAACACCUUUGCUGCCAGUUUCGGAGGUCUCUCAUCACGAACGCCAGAUGUACACAGACACAUCCUUAGGGUGGCUGGGCAACUGGAGGAGAGCCAGCGGAUCCUAGACAACAACCCUGCAGCUGGUCUGGCCAGGGCGAUUGCCAAAGCCUGGGAGCUCUAUGGAUCAGAGAGAGCAUUCGUCAUGUUCUUGGUGGAAGAGAGCCAAAGGAACAUCUUUGAUCAACGAUACAUUGAGAAUGAACUGUGGAAGAGAAACAUUCCUACAAUGAGAAAGCGGUUCGACGAUGUUUGUAAAACAGGAUCCCUUGAUCAGGACAAGAGGCUGUUUGUUGAUGGCAGAGAGGUGGCUGUUGUGUACUUCAGGAAUGGCUACAUGCCUCAGAACUACACUUCCGAACAGAGUUGGGAUGUUCGUCUUCUGAUGGAGCGCUCUCUGGCUGUGAAAUGUCCAGAUAUCAGCACCCACCUGGCUGGAACUAAGAAAGUCCAGCAGGUGCUCGCCAGACCUGGAGUUCUGGAGAAGUUCUUCCCCAGCCAGCCCCAAGUAGUGGAGCAGAUCAGAGCAACGUUCGCUGGCCUCUACACUCUAGACAUGGGACCAGAGGGUGACAAAACGGUAGCAAUGGCUUUGGCAGCACCAGACCGGUUUGUUCUGAAGCCUCAGCGAGAGGGAGGAGGUAACAACAUCUAUGGAUCAGAGAUCUGUCAGGUCCUGCAGGGAGUGAAGGAGAACACAGAGAGGAUGGCCUAUAUUCUGAUGGAUAAAAUCCAGCCCACCCCGGUACAGAACUACCUGCUGCGACGAGAAGGUACUCUUCAAAUCAGUAACUGUCUCAGUGAAUUGGGAGUGUUUGGAGUAUAUGUCAGGCAAGGUACAGACAUGGUGAUGAACGAGUGCGUGGGUCAUCUGCUGAGGACCAAGAGUUCAGAACACUCAGACGGAGGCGUAGCAGCAGGAGUGGCCGUGCUGGACAAUCCUCUCCUCGUCUGAGAAGUUACAUUCCUACCUGGUUGGCUUUCAACACCAAAAACACACAAACAGAUAACAAUGAAACAGUGAUAUCAAUGUGGCACUUUUCAGUCACACACUUUGGCUGCUACAGCUUGAAAGUGAGCUGAGUCCCACAUGUAACUUACUCGACACUGGGCGGACAGACAUACUAGCAGUGUAAGCUCAAGAUGAAGCCUCUGUUCCUCAAAGACACAUGUCUUUGUGUUAUCUCUGGUUUAACUGGGUGUUGUUUGCCUACAUUACCAGUGUCAGUGGUUCCAAAACGGUUUAUGAGGACCAUGUUUGUUAGCAGUUUUUGUUACGAUGAUUUCGAUUAAGUGGAGUGCUGCUCUCAAAUACACUCUCAAUGCAAGUUUAGGCACAAAGUGUACUGUAAAGUUUUUGACUAUAUGUAAUGGGAACAUUGGAUUUCAUUAGGCUCUGUAAGGAUAGGUUUUUAAAAUGUUUGGUUUAUGGUUGCUACACUUUGACUGUAGGACUUCUAGGGAGCAGUUUGCCCUGCGUGUGUGAAGUAUGCACAACUCUUGACAAAAAUCAAUGAUUGCAAAAUCCAGAAAGGUAAAGCCAAGGUUGAACAGGAAUAAUAGGUUGAAUCUCUUGACUGUCUGAGGUUUACAAAAGAAGGCAAUGAGUUAAAAAGAAUCAAGUGCCCUUAGACAGCUGUUUCUCUUGUUUCUUUUUGCUAUUUACCCUCAACUGAUGGCCUUUAUUUUACUAUUUUUAUCACUUGAACUCUGCUGAGUGCUGCUUGUUUUUAUGAUAGGCCCUUUUCUCAGAAGACAUUUUGACUGAAAAGCUGAGGUGUAAAUAAUCAAAUUAAAGACAGAUUAUUUUCAUUUUGCUGCUUUGAUUUCAGGAGCCUCGUAUCCUGCAUGCUGGCUCACUGUCACUCUCACUGGGACACCCGAGUAGAACAGAGCCACUGCAGUGCUGCUGUUAACACCUGUGCUUCUCCUACUGUGACAAGUCAAAAUGUCUGCUGUGAAAAGAAAGUCUAGUGGGACAAGGAAUUAACAAAACGUUUAUUUUAUACUGUGAAAUUUGCUGUGAUUUCUUAACCCUGGAAUAAGUGGUGAAGCUGCUAGAGGUUUCAAUCUCCCAGCUGCAAGAGUCCGUUCUAAAACAUCUCACUUCUACUGCUCUCUUGAAAUAUGGAGUAAAAUUAUGUUUAUGCAGAAAGUAGUAAUUCUACUGCUGCGAUAACUACUACAAUUAUUACUACAAAUAAUUAUUCCAAUAAUAAUACAAAUAUAAUUAUUAUUUUUGUAGCACCUUUAAGACAAAAGCUAAUAGUUGAGGGAAAACAACUCAGCUGCCAACUGCAAUCAAACUGCUGUGAUACAAUGUUGUGAUGGCUAUUUUAAGAUCUUGUUCUCCAUUUUGUUAGUCAGGGUUAUAUUAAGGUUGGGGUUAUUUUUUUAUGGUUAAAAAUGUUAGAAAAAAAUACUUUUGAUGUGAAACAUGCAGGAGAUAUUUGAUUUCAGCAACAUGAGAUGUACACAGAACAGCAGGAUGGAUGUGUUCUAGGGUUGAUACUGUGAUUGUGUAAUACAGAAACACACUAACUGAAAUAUCUUAUCAUAUAAUGCUUGAGGAUUAAGAACCAACUGUCAGAGCUGUUGGGACAAAAAAAUACUGCUUAACCUGCUCAACCAGAAAAUAAACUGUUUGUAUACUUGU